AUGGCCGAGGCUUCCUCGGCGGCGCGGCCGGCGCGGCGGCCCAAGGACGUGCCGCGGCACGUGUGGGCCCGCGAGCGGCGGCGGAGCGCGGGUACGGGCCUGGCGAGCCCCAACACCGUGUACGUGCAGGUGGUGGCGGCCGGAAGCCGCGACGCGGGAGCUUCGGUGUACGUCUUCUCCGAGUUCAACCGGUACCUCUUCAACUGCGGCGAGGGCACGCAGCGGGCCAUGCAGGAGCACAAGCUGAAGAUCUCCCACCUGGACAGCAUCUUCCUCAGCCGGGUGGCCUGGGCCAACGUCGGAGGACUGCCGGGUAUGAUUCUCACAUUAAAGGCUAUGGGGCUUCAGAGAUGUGUUUUCCUGGGGCCACCAAAGCUGCAAAACUAUUUGAAAGCAAUCCGGCUCUUUCCGGGCCCCCUGAAGAGGAUGGAUUUAGCUGUGCAGUUGCACACAGAGCCUGAGUACAACGAUGAGACAAUGACAGUGCAGCAAAUACCUCUGACAGGAAAACCUCUAGCUGCUGAAAGUUCAUUGCCUCAGAGCCCUGGAGCAUCAUACCAAGGAGGCAAUAGUCCUAAAGGAGGCAAUAGUCCUAAAGGAGGGCCUGGAUCCCCAGGAGCUGCACAACAAAGCUUGGAGGAGGGCAAGGAGAAAGGCAGUCCAAAGAAAACAGGUGACCGACAGCCCUGUGCAAGACCCCAGCCUGAGCUGGUCAUGGCUUUCCUUUGCAAGAUCCACCCAAAGAAGGGAAAAUUCCUAGUAGCUAAAGCUCAGGAGAUGGGCCUGCCAGUGGGCACCCCAGCCAUCCUGCCCAUCAUCACAGCUGUCAAGAAUGGGGAGAGCAUCACCUUUGAAGGCAGAGAGCUCUCUCCUGAGGAGCUGUGCACCCCUGCUGACCCUGGCCCAGUGUUCCUCGUGCUGGAGUGUCCUCACCAGGGCUUCCUGGAUGCCAUCUGUGAGAAUGAGACCUUCCAAAGGUACCAGGAGGGGCAUCCUGAGAAGCAGGUGGCCUUGGUUAUCCACAUGACCCCAGAGGCAGUGCUGAGAGACAGCCGAUACCAGCAGUGGCUGCAGAGGUUUGGGCCUGGCACCCAGCACUUGGUGCUCAAUGAGAGCUCCUCUGCAGUGCACAACCCUCGCAGCUACAAGAUCCAGACUCAGCUGAACCUCAUCCACCCGGAGAUCUUCCCUCUGCUCACCACCUACAAGAGCAAGGAGGAGGAGGCAGUCUGCAGCGUGCCCCUCGUGCGAGGAGAGUGCCUCCUGAAGUACCACUUCAGGCCCCAGCAGGAGUGGCAGAGAGAUGCUGUGACUGUCUGUGACCAGGAGGCCUUUGUUAGCGAGGCCUUGGACCUCCCUGACUUCCAGAGCCGUGUGAAGGAGUGCAGAGAGAGCCUGCCUGCUCUGCCAGGGAAUGUGGAGACUUACCCUGAGAUUGUCUUCUUGGGAACAGGCUCGGCAAUUCCGAUGAAGAUCCGCAACGUCAGCGCCACGCUGGUGAACACCAGCCCUGCCCGCUCCCUGCUGCUGGACUGUGGAGAAGGAACCUUUGGGCAGCUGUGCCGGCACUAUGGGCAGGGAGUGGACCGAGUGCUGUGCAACCUGGCAGCGGUGUUCGUGUCCCACAUGCACACAGACCACCACUCGGGGCUGUUGAACAUCCUGCUGGAGAGGAGGAGAGCCUUUGCAGCCCUUGGUCAGCCGUUCAGCCCUCUGUUUCUGGUGGCCCCUGAGCAGAUCAUGCCUUGGCUGCAAGAGUACCACAACCACUGUGAAGAGAUCCUUGGAGACAUCAAAAUGAUUGCUUCCCAGUCUCUGGUGAAGGGCUGUGAGAACACCAAACCCAAAGCCAAGUGGUUUGUCAGCUCUCUGCUGGAAGGCUACGACUUGGCUGAGUUUCAGACCUGUGAAGUCCAGCACUGUAAAAAUGCUUUUGCAUGCUCCAUGGUGCACAAAUCUGGCUGGAAAGUUGUCUACUCUGGUGACACAAUGCCCUGCAUGGCCUUGGUGCAAAUGGGGAAGGAUGCGACACUGCUGAUCCAUGAGGCAACACUGGAGGAUGGCAUGGAAAAGGAGGCCAUAGAGAAGACACACAGCACCACCUCGCAGGCCAUCCAGAGUGGGCUGAAGAUGAAUGCAGAGUUCAUUAUGCUCAACCACUUCAGCCAGAGGUACGCCAAGAUCCCACUCUUCAGCGAGGACUUCAGCGAGAAGGUUGGCAUCGCCUUCGACCACAUGAGGGUGCGGUUUGGGGACUUUGCCACCAUCCCGAAGCUGAUCCCCCCCCUGAAGGCCUUGUUUGCAGAUGACAUCGUGGAGAUGGAGGAGCGGAAGGAGAAGCGGGAGCUGCGGCUGCUGAAGGAGACGGCGGUGCUCCUGGAGAGGCUGGCGGCUGGCAGCGACACCCAGCCCGCCUGCCACAAACGCAGGCAGCCCCAGGAGCAGCAGCCACUGCCCAGCAAGAAGCUGAAAACAGUCAACUGA